AUGUACUACAUAUCUGCAGAGGAGGAGGAAAGAGAAGAAGAACAGCAACAGGAGCAACAACAACAACAACAACAACAAGAAAAAGAAGAAGAGCCAGAAAUGGAUUUAGGCAAAGAAAAUGAAAAUAAUGAGAGUCAAGAUAUAAUAGAUAAUGAUGCUAUGUUGGAUGAAAAUUAUAUGAAAAGAGAAAGUGAAUUUUUUGGUUUUCACCCAUUUAGUUUUAUAGACGAUGUUCACGAAUCAGCCCAUGAUUAUUGUGCAGAUAGUGCAGAUUUUAUAGAGAGUUGCUUAUUAGGGCACCCAUUAUUUAGUAAUAAACAGGAAUACAAAGAUGUAAUACAGGAGGGUACAGAUAAAGUUUGGGGUUUACUCGAAGAAAUAUUUACAAACAAUCUUAAUAAAUACGAAGAGUACUUAAUAUCAGAUAUAUUUAAUAUACCAAGCGAUUUAAUUUUGCCACACGAAAAUUCAAAUCUAUCAGCCUCAAAACCAACUAAAACGACCAAUAGCACAGCACAUUUAUACAAUAAAUCAAUAAAUAUUUUAGAUAAAGAGUUGGAAGAUCUCAGAACAAAUAUUCAAAAGCUUACAAAUGAUAAUAGUAAUAAUAAAAUUAAAAUGCAAAAUUUAGAAAACGAUAUAGGUUUAUUAAAAUCAAUAGACUCAAAUUUAUCAACUGAUUUUAAUAAUAUCGAAAAUAUAAAUAUGAUAAAUCAACAAAGAAAAAUUUUAGAUUACAAUUACCAAGUUUUAAAAAGUAAUAACGAUAACAAUAAUAAUGAUAGUAUUAAUAAUAACAAUAGCAAUAAACAAACAUCAAUUUCAGUUCAAAAGUCAAUUUUGGAUAGAAUGAAUGAUUUAAAUAUAAAUGAAACUGACCAAGCUAAUAACGAAAAAGAAAUUAAAUCGAUAGAAGUUUCGAAUCAAUUGUUUGAAAGAAUAUCAAAUAAAAAUUUCUAAUAAAAAACAAUUUAUUUUGUACAUAUAUAAAU